AUGCCGUUCAUGUGGCGCCAGCGGGCCUACUGUGCCCCAGUCCCCUCGGCGUUUGGCGCUCAGCAGCCGGCCGGCUCGGGCUCCUGCGGCGCCGCAGGUGUCCGCGGGCCGUUGCUCCGCUCCAACAGCGAGUGUCUCUCUGUCUUUUCGGAGAUCCCUGACGGGCUGCUGGGCCACACCACCAGCGUCACGAUGGGGAAUUCGGACAUUUUCUUUAUGCCGAAGCCGUCGAACUUGCUGAAAAUUGCGCUACCCGUCCUGGUCUUCAUGCCCAACCUGACGAUCUUCACCCGCGCGUGGCCGUUCUUCGCGCACACCAGCGCCUGA